CGGACGGACUGGGGCGAAGUCCUGGAGAUCCCGGUCGUGGAAGGCUCCCCGCCGAGACCCUGGCACUGGAACCUGUGCCCAAGCGGCGGCUUCCGCAACUGCAACUCCCGGCAGGCCCCGCGCAGCCCUCGGGCCGCGCGCUGGCGAUUUUGGCGCGCUGCAUUGUGGGGCGCGUAGUGCCCGGCUCCGAGCUCGUGGAGGGCGCCGGGUCCGCGGGAAGGGCGGCCCGGCGGGGUUUAGGAGCGCGGGCUGUUAGUCCGAGUGUCCGUGCGAAACCAGGCCUCGGGGGGCUGAGUGGUUUGCUGGGCGCCGCACGGAUUCGCGUCCCAGUCUCUGCCAUAGGGGCUCCCGUGGAGAACGUGUCCCAGCGGCACAGGCUGGCAUAACUUACCUGGAGCGGCUGAGACCCUGAGAUGUUCGGAGAGGGGUUUGUCUCGCAGACCCACACAGCUUGCGUUUCAGCCAGCCUCUGUGUCCGCCCGAGACAGAGAGUAGGCCAGUAUGCCCAAGAUAACCCUGAAUGGCGUGACAGUGGAUUUCCCUUUCCAGCCAUACAAAUGUCAAGAGGAGUACAUGAGCAAGGUCUUGGAGUGUCUGCAGAAGAAAGUGAACGGCGUUCUGGAGAGCCCCACGGGCACGGGGAAGACGCUGUGUCUCCUCUGCAGCACGCUGGCCUGGCGGGAGCAGCUCCGAGACGCUGUCUCUGCCCGCAAGAUUGCCGAGAGGGUGUCAGGGGAGCUCUUCCUUGACCGCGCCUUGGCGUCCUGGGGGAACGCUGCCCUGGAAGGAGAUGUCCCAGCGUGCUACGCGGACGUCCCAAAGAUCAUUUACGCCUCCAGGACCCACUCGCAGCUCACUCAGGUCAUCAGUGAGCUCCGGAACACCUCCUACCGGCCCCGAGUGUGUGUGCUGGGCUCCCGGGAGCAGCUGUGUAUCCAUCCCGAGGUGAAGAGGCAGGAGAGUAACCACACGCAGGUCCACUUGUGCCGCAAGAAGGUGGCAAGUCGCUCCUGUCACUUCUACAACAACGUGGAAGAGAAGAGCCUGGAGCCGGAGCUGGCUUGCCGCGUCCUGGACAUCGAGGACCUGGUCAGCAGUGGGACGAGGCACAGAGUGUGCCCCUACUACCUGUCUCGGAACCUGAAGCAGCAGGCCGACAUCAUCUUCAUGCCCUACAACUACCUGUUGGACGCCAAGAGCCGCCGUGCAUAUGGCAUCGACCUGAAGGGGACGGUCGUGGUCUUUGACGAAGCUCACAACGUGGAGAAGAUGUGUGAGGAGGCCGCGUCCUUCGACCUGACGCCCCACGACGUGGCUUCGGGACUGGACGUGAUAGACCAGGUGCUGGAGGAGCAGGCCAAGGUGGCGUGGCAGGCCGAGCUCCACCCAGAGUUCAGCGCGGACUCGGCCAGCUCAGGGCUGAACUUGGAGCUAGAGGACCUCGCGAAGCUGAAGACGAUCCUGCUUCGUCUGGAGGGGGCCAUCGACGCCGUGGAGCUGCCUGGAGGUGACGGCGGUGUCACCAAGCCUGGGAGCUACAUCUUUGAGCUGUUUGCCGAAGCCCAGAUCACGUUUCACACCAAGGGCUGCAUCCUUGACUCCCUGGACCAGAUCAUCCAACACCUGGCAGGACGUGCGGGGCUGUUCACCAACACGGCAGGGCUGCAGAAGCUGGCAGACAUCAUCCAGAUCGUGUUUAGCGUGGACCCUGCUGAAGGUGGCCCCAGUGCCAUGGUGGGGCCGGGGUGUCAGUCCUACAAGGUGCACAUCCACCCUGAUGCUGGUCACCGGAGGACAGCUCAGCGGUCAGAUGCCUGGAACGCCACGGCGGCCAGAAAGCAAGGGAAGGUGCUGAGCUACUGGUGCUUCAGCCCUGGCCACAGCAUGCGUGAGCUGGUCCACCAGGGCGUCCGUACCCUCAUCCUCACCAGCGGCACACUGGCCCCCGUGUCCUCCUUCACCCUGGAGAUGCAGAUCCCUUUCCCAGUCUGCCUGGAGAACCCACACGUCAUUGACAAGCACCAGAUCUGGGUGGGGAUUGUCCCUAAAGGCCCUGACGGAGCCCAGCUGAGCUCCGCCUUUGACAAACGGUUCUCUGACGAGUGCUUGUCGUCCCUGGGGAAGGCACUGGGCAACAUCGCCCGUGUGGUCCCGCACGGGCUCCUGGUCUUCUUCCCUUCCUACCCCGUCAUGGAGAAAAGCCUGGAGUUCUGGCGGGCCCACGACUUCGCCAGGAAGCUGGAGGUCCUGAAGCCCAUGUUCGUGGAGCCGAGGACCAAAGGAGGCUUCUCGGAGGUGAUGGAGGCUUUCUACACGAGAGUCGCCGCCCCCGGGUCCAGUGGGGCUACCUUCCUGGCUGUGUGCCGGGGGAAGGCCAGCGAGGGGCUGGACUUCGCAGAUGCGAAUGGCCGUGGAGUGAUCGUCACGGGCCUCCCAUACCCGCCCCGCAUGGACCCCCGGGUUGUCCUCAAGAUGCAGUUCCUGGAUGAGAUGAAGGGCCAGAAUGGGGCCCGGGACCAGUUCCUCUCCGGGCACGACUGGUACCGGCAGCAGGCAUCCAGGGCUGUGAACCAGGCCAUCGGGCGGGUGAUCCGGCAUCGCCAUGACUACGGGGCUGUCUUCCUCUGCGACCACAGGUUCAGCUCCGCGGACGCCAGAGCCCAGCUGCCCUCCUGGGUGCGUCCCCACGUCAAGGUGUACGACAGCUUCGGCCACGUCAUCCGAGAUGUGGCCCAGUUCUUCCGCAUCGCUCAGAGAACCAUGCCCGUGCUGGCCCCCCGAGCUGCUGCUCCGAGCCUGGGCGAAGGAGAAGGCACUGCCUCGGUGGCCGUGUCACCCGGCCUGCUCCGCACCAGGAAGGCCACAAGUCUGGAUGUGCACGUCCCUAGCCUGAGGCGCAGACGCACGGGCUUGCUGGUCGCCGGGGACGCCGAGGGCAGCCUUUGUGUGGAGUACCAGCAGGAAGCCGUCCAGGCCCGGCGGAGGCCCGUGGGGCUGCUGGCCGCCCUGGAACACAGCGAGCAGCUGGCCGAGGGGCCUGGGGACAAGGCCCUGCCCGCGGAGGAGGAGGCCCCCCGCCACUCCGCCCCGUGGGGCCCUCGUGAGAAGAGGCCAGCGGAGGAGCAGCGUGGCAGGCGGAGGAAGGUCAGGCUGGUCGGCGGCCCGGAGGGGCCAGAAGCCGGCGCGGACACAGGCAGGGCCAAGCUGUUCAUGGCGGCCGUGAAGCAGGCGCUGAGCCAGGCCAGCUUCGACACCUUUACCCGGGCCCUGCGGGAGUACAAGAGCACCGAUGACCUCGCGGCCCUGGCCGCUCACCUUGGCCCGCUCUUUGCCGAGGACCCCAAGAAGCACAGCCUGCUCCAAGGCUUCUAUCAGUUCGUGCGGCCCCACCACAAGCAGCAGUUUGAGGAGGUCUGCCGCCAACUGACGGGCCGAGGCUGCAGCUUCCGGCCCGAGUAUGGCCUUCCCCGGAGGCAGGGAGCACAACCAGCCCUGGACCCCAGCGGAAGGAGGGAGCCUGACCCCAAGCUGACCGUGUCCCAGGGUGCAGCCAGGCAGCUGGACCCCCGCGAACACCUGAACCAGGGCCGGCCCCACCUGGCCUCCGGGCUGCUCCCUGCAGGAGACCCCAGCCGCCGGCCUCCUGAGGGGUCCGGAGCCCCCGGAGCAAAGAAGCACCCGCCCGCUGUGAGUGCCUACCUGGCAGAUGCCCACAGGGCACUGGGGGCCACAGGCUACAGCCAGCUCCUGGCGGCGCUGACCACUUACAAGCAGGAUGACGACUUGGAGAAGGUGGUGGCCGUGGUGGCCUCGCUCACCACCGCCAGGCCUGAGGACCUGACCCUGCUGCAGAGGUUCGGCAUGUUCGUGCGCCCUCACCACAAGCAGCGCUUCCAGCAGACGUGUGUGGACCUGGGCACCCAGGCUCCAGGACCCUGGGAGGGGAGCCCUGCUGCGCCUUCUGACCUGGUCUGUGGGGCUCGCGGGCCAGGCCCCUCACUGCCAGAGAAACCCCCCGGGAAGACCCAGAGCAAGAUCUCCUCCUUCCUUACGCAGAGGCCGGCUCGGGGGGCGGGGGCUCCCGGUCGGCCCCCCGGUGCCCCCUGCGGGCAGGCACAGUCCGAGUGGGUGGGCUUGGUGUGUCCUGGCUGCAGGGCGGAGGACGUGGUCCCCUUCCAGUGCCCCUCCUGCGACUUCCACUGCUGCCGGGCCUGUUGGCGACAGCACCUCCAGGUCUCUAGGACGUGCCCGGCCUGCCAUGCUGCCACCAGAAAGCAGAGCCUCACGCAGGUCUUCUGGCCGGAGCCCCAGUGAACAUUGAGACCCUCUGGGCGCUGCAGGGUCUGCGGAGGCUGAGGCCGCCCCUGCCUGGGGCGCAGCCUGGACACUUGCCUGUCGGCUGUGGGUGGGCCAGGCCUGAUACCAGAAACCCCUUGGCCAAGAGCGCACCUGACGGGGAGGCCAGUCCAGUGUCCGUGGGGAACCCCCUGAGACGGCAGCAGGAUCUGGGCCCCCUGUGAGAGGCCCCGAGGCCACCUUGGGGUCUGGGGUGGGUCCACUGGAAGGUGCUUCCCCAGAACUUCCCUGACCGCCAGCCUGUGGGUGGAGACCCAGCAGGAAGGAGGGGAGCCCUGCACCUUCUGUCCCGGGGACCUUCCAGGGACCUGAUUGUUCCUCAGGGGCCAGGGUUCUAAUAAAGCUGCCGGCACUGCUGGGAAG